AUGAAUAAGUUGGUUGGCGUAUGCUCAAAAAAAAAUCCCAUAAAACGUUUAUUUGUGCAAUCUAUCAGAUCCUACUCCAAUGAAGGGGUAGUUGUGUCUGAUUUUGCUACAAAGAAGAAGGGCACAGGUAAAGGGCCGUUUAUUGAGCUACCAGAACUCAAAUCACUUCAGGACUCCAUUUUGAUCAAGCUUCCUAGUUCAUGUACGAUAUAUGGAAAUCUCAAGAAUUUCAAUGCCAUAAGUCCAGACCCAAGAGCCAACGGCCAGACUGUUUUGGAAAGAGCAUAUGAUAAACAAACUGGACUUUCAAAAUUAUCCACAGGCCAGUAUCCUCUCAAUAUGAUAAUGUUAUCUCCAGCAUCAAUGUCCAGUACAGCAAUAAUCAAGAUAGAUAGUUACACGAAGGGGCUUUUCGUUCCAAAUUUUUUCAAAAGUACUCUAUGUUAUGGUGGCGAUCUAAGUCUCGAUAAUCAGAGUGGUGAGGUCAAAGGUCUGGGAAUAGUUGCCCUUGCUGGUGAAGGACCUGUGUACAAAAUGAUCCUUUCUAAAAUUGACACAAUUAUGGUUUCGAAGGAAACUAUUCUCGCGUAUGACUCGAAUAUUAAAGUGCACUCGGUGACUUUAGGAUCCUACUACAGUUUUCCAAUCCGUUUAAAGACGUUCUUCAAAAAACUUCCAAGUCCAUAUUCAGAAUACUUGACGAGUCUUUGUGACAAAAUUUUCAACAGAGAUAAAUCCUUUUGUAAAAUAAACGGUCCUGGCAUUCUGUUUUUACAGACUCAAAGCAUGCGAACGCCUACGAAUCAUGCAUAG